AUGAGUGUUGCAUCAUCAAGCAUAUUCGAGUCAAGCACACAAGUUUCCACGGGUUUCGCAUGUGAUAAUUGUCGUGAUAUUAUAGACCGUAUUCAAUGGAAACGGUGCAAGGUAUGUCAUAUGUUUGAUUUGUGCCAUAAUUGUGAAAAAGUACCGUAUGAAAAACUACCAAAAUAUAUUCAAGAAUAUCAUGAAAAUUUGCACCGAGAGGAUGAUGAAGUGGAUGCAAAUGAGUUGAUCAGUGGUGUUUGCAUAGAUUCGAUACGAUUCGAUCAGGCAACACAAACAAAAGAGAGAGAUUUCAGUAAAAUGAUCAAAGCUAGGUUGGAACGAAUAUGGCACAAUAAAAAAAUUAAAAAUGAAUAUCAGUUAAGUCAUGUUAUUGCUAAAUUACGACAAAUGGAAAAGGCAUCGUCACCGCGAUUAGAACUUGAACUAUCAUCAGAUUCCGAAGAACCAACGCGAGCUCAAAUUUUGACACUAAUUGGUGAAUACUACACGCGAGGAUAUCAAACAAAUAUCAGUGUAUUAAGUUUAGACGGAGGAGGGACACGUGGUCAUAUGUCCAUCAAAGUACUAUGUGAACUUAUAACAGAAACACAUCUUGAUUCCAGUAAAACGUUCUUGGACGCUCAAAAAGAAUUUACGAAUGAGUUUGAUUACAUCGCUGGUACAAGUACAGGUGGACUAAUUGCAUUUUGUUUAGCAAUUAAACAUGAUUUAACUGAUAUCAAGGAAAUAUAUGAAGAUUGUGCAACAUAUUUCAAACGUCAAUGGUUUACCUAUUUUGGACCGCUCGAACGCGAUAAAUAUGAUCCCACUCCUAUAUACAAUAAAAUUGAUCGAAUUAUUGAUCAAAUUCAAUUACCAAAUGGCAAACAAUUAACAGCUGAAACGGCAACUUUACUUGAUAUACAUAAUUUAUUAAAUCAACAUUGUCAAGUCGAUGAUAAUCAAUCAACAUUAGACCGACAGUUUCAUAGUAAUUGGCUAGAAUUCGUCGAUGAACCCAGUAGUCAUUCAGAUAUAAAACGUGAAAAGAUCUUACUGAUUACAGCUUACAAUACAACAAAAGAUUGCAUGACUAUAUUUAAUACAAGUUAUGCUGAGCAUUGGGGAUAUCGUAUAGCUGAUGUGUUAAAAGCCACUAUGGCUGCUCCUACUUACUUUCGACCAUGUACGAUGUACAGAAGAAAACAAGUGAAUGGUCAUUAUGAACGAGAUGGUGACGAUGAAACAUUUAUUGAUGGUGGCGUAUUUGCUAAUGAUCCCGAAAUGGCAGCAUUAUGGGCAAUACGAAUGCAAUGGAAAAAGCCAGUCAAUUAUCAUUUAAUUUCGAUUGGCACCGGCUGUUAUAAUGCAAAACUAUCCGUCGACAAUUGGAAGGGCGGUUAUAAGUAUUGGCUCUUAGAUACCAAUGGAUUGUUAGUGAACGUACUUAUGGAUGGUCCGCGUAGUUUGAUUGAGACUGUGAUGAACAAGUUAGCGACAUUUGACAAUAUCAAACGAAUAAAAUUUAAUUAUCAAUUAAAAGAAUCUAUAGAAUUAGAUGAUCCUGGUUUUGCAGCAAAAUUUAAUAAAGAAUGGGAAAUACUGAAAACUGGAGAUGAUUACAAAGUAUUAGUUUACUUCUACAAAGAACAUAUAAAAAAACAACGGAAUUCAUCUGAACAGUAA